AACACGCAGGGUCGACUUUAAUUCGUGAGAAGAAGAAGAAAAAGUACGGAAUCGGUCAGUUUAGGGAUUUCAAACAACUCAAUAGGUGCUUAGAAUUAUAGUUCGCUUUUGUAUCUGAUCUAGGACUCGGAUACAGUAGUGUGCAUUGUUAUCUAAGCUUCGUUGUGAGAAAGUUAAUAGUUAAGUUAUGCGUUUUCUGAAACGUCUCUGUUAGCUUAGGGUUAGCAUUGGAGCUAACGCGGAGCCUGCAGGCGUGAACCUCUGCUCGCAGACUGAAUGUCUGUCCGACGGCUUCUAGUGGAGGCUGCUGUGAUAUCUCUGCAGGACUCCCGUGUGUAUUACCCGUACUGUAAAAACUGCUUCUCGAGGACCGAUGUUGAACAAGAGCACACGAGAUGCUUCAAGUGUGGAUACAGAUGUCUGAAGGAACACACUGACUACAGGUACCGUCUCUCGCUGAAGGUGGUCCGGGACAAAAGCAUAUUUGGAGUAACGGUAUUUGGAACGAGUCUGAAUCCGUUCUUUGGAAUUCAAGCAAGUGGAUUAAAGAGGUUGGUGGACAACGUGGAUGGAGCAGUUGGAGCAUCAACCAGAUCCACAUCUCUGGUGAAAGCUGUUGAGGACUGUUUCAUCGGCAGACGUUUCAUCUUUGGUAUAAAGGUAACUGGAACAGAGAGUGAACUUUGGUCCGGAUGGCCUGUUGCCAAUGGCUCCGGCAGCAGAGACACAGUCCAGUUUGUUGCCAGUCAGAUGAUUCUUCCCAAAGCUACAGAGCGCUCAGGCUGCACGGUGCUCCGCUAUUAUCAAGUCCUCCUUCAGCGAGCUGAAGAAUAUGAGCGGGGACAUGCAGGUACCAGCAGUUCCUUCCGACCGCCAGGAAGAGCCUUGCUGCUGAUUCCUCUUCAUUCUCCAGCCAGCGCCUUCAAUAAUACCACACUUGAUACUUCAGCUCUACUUUCCCUGUCACUGCUAAGAUCACAGCACCAAGAUAGCAGCGUUGCUCCUACCCCUCCGUGGCAGCAGUCUCUAGGACUGGUUACUUCAUCGGCGGAGCAGGAUGAGAGCUUCUCUACCCAUGAGAGUCGUGAUGAAAACAUCAGAGGGACUGACUACGGCAAAACGCCGCAUCACACCUCGCUGAGCUGCGUGGAGGACCGUGGUUUCACAGCGGAGGCAACGCUGUCGCCUCGUCCUUAUUAUAAUAGCUCGUUGUUUUCCAUACACCCUGACUUAUCCGUUGAGAAAAGUGUUGUGAACACACCUACGCAGGGCAAGUGGUUAAGUGCGUCCCCAUCUUUAAAAAACGAUUCACUGAAGAAGUGUCCAAGCACACAACUCACAAGAACAUCUGAUUCCUUGGCCUGGGAUGAUUUGCCUUUCUCUGAGAGUCUUACAGAGUUUUUAUGCGAGAAAGACAACGCUUCUCAAACAGAGCUGCAUCGAAAUGUUCAAAAUGUAGCAGAAACCGCAAGACACAGCUUGGAAAAUGUAUCACACAACAGGAAGCUCACCAGACAGAUGACUGUGAGGCCUUCACGGCUGCUGGUGGAUAUCACUAAUACAUCUGCACCAAAUCACAGACAUGCUGGUCGUGGUUUAUCUGACGAGGUUUGUGAGCAGCUGAAGGGACGUGUAGAGCGUGUUUGUUCCAGUGAGUGCGGCCAGCGUGAUGGGCUGCUUGGCCCUUUAUCCUUUGAGGAGCAGCUUGAAGGGGAGACUUACAACUGUUCUGCAGACCUGUUCAGCAACUCGCUCGACACGGACACAGCGACGAUCUGCACUCAAACAGAAGCUGUCAGUGCAGUCGCAGGAGGUUCUACUUGUAAAGGUACCACUCAUCCAGACAAACUGAUCCUGAGGAGUGAGCUGGCUCAUGACCUACAUUUAACCCCACUGAGACUGAAAUUUACCAACCCAGACAGGUUAGAUCCAGAAUCACCUCAUUUCCUUGAUUUCAUCCCCCCCUCUCAGUCCACCCCCAAUGUUAAAUUAACCUCUGGGUUAAGGCUGCCUGCCUCCAGGACGUUGUCCUCAGCAUCAGGUGAUGCUACAGUGAAACACACCUCUCCUCUGUGGAAACCAAGCUCUGUCGGUGCUAAUCCAAUGCCUCUGUGUGGCUACAAGAGAAAGUCCAGCGUUCGUGACGUCACCAUACGUGAUCACUGGGACGAAGUUCCUCCUACUCCUGCUGCUAGAACACAACUAAGCAGGAAACAUAGAAGACGACAACUGAGGGAUAACCAGAGCAGGACGGUUGACUCUACCUGUGGCGGUCCGAAGGGAGAUGGAGUUCACUGCAAAAGAACCGUGUUGUGUCCACGUCUCUCAUUCCUGCACAGAAGCAUGGCCGGAAGUGGCAACUCGGACAAUGAGGAGACUUUAGGUGAUGGUUGUCUGCUCGAUGAUGAGAGCCAAUCAUGUGACUGGUCUAGAGAUCUGUUCUCAGACUGUUAAAAAUGACUAAUUGAAUGAAUGAAUGAAUAAUUGCAACGCCUAAUCAAAUGUCUAUUUAUCUACAGCCUAAGUCUUAAUAAACAAACAGUCCAACCACCA